AUCUCGCAGCGCUUCGAGCCCCGGCAGCCUCCGUGAGCGCUGAGGAGCGGCCGCCAUGGCCCGCACCAAGCAGACGGCCCGCAAAUCCACGGGCGGCAAGGCGCCGCGCAAGCAGCUCGCGACCAAGGCGGCCCGCAAGAGCGCCCCGUCCACGGGCGGCGUGAAGAAGCCCCACCGCUACAGGCCGGGCACCGUGGCGCUGCGGGAGAUCCGGCGGUACCAGAAAUCCACGGAGCUGCUGAUCCGCAAGCUGCCGUUCCAGCGCCUCGUGCGGGAGAUCGCCCAGGACUUCAAGACGGAUCUGCGCUUCCAGAGCGCCGCCAUCGGCGCGCUGCAGGAGGCCAGCGAGGCCUACCUGGUGGGGCUCUUCGAGGACACCAACCUGUGCGCCAUCCACGCCAAGCGCGUCACCAUCAUGCCCAAGGACAUCCAGCUGGCGCGCCGCAUCCGCGGGGAGCGCGCCUAGCCUUCCUCCGGCCUCCUCCUCCUCCUCCUCCUCCUCCCGCAGGGACUCGGCCUCCGCCACCCCGGCCUCCGUCGCGCCCCGCAAGCGCCAGCCCCUUUUUGUCCCUUUUUCUCCCUCUUUUUGUGGCGUACAGGCAAAGAAAAACGCAAGAAACUCGGGAAACUUACCGCUUUUUGGGGUGUUUUCUGUUUUUUUUUUACUUUUUUUGGGCGGAAUUGCAGGAAUUCUGCAAAAUGGGAGUAUUGCGGCAAAAAAUCUGCAGGUUGCAAAUUUGGGUUUUUUUUACCUUUUUUUGGCAGAAUUGCAGGAAUUCUGCAGAAUUGCAACAAAAAAAAAUUGCAGAUUUUUGGGGGUUGUUUUCUGUCUUUUUUUUUUUACUUUUUUGGGCGGAAUUGCAGGAGUUCUGCAAAAUGGUAGAAUUGCAACAAAAAAUCUGCAGGUUGCAAAUUUUGGGGGGGUUGGGGUUUUUUUUACCUUUUUUGGUAGAAUUGCAGGAAUUCUGCAGAAUUGCAACAAAAAAUUGCAGAUUUUUGGGGGUUGUUUUCUCUUUUUUUUAACUUUUUUUGGCAGAAUUGCAGGAAUUCUGCAGAAUCGCAACAAAAAAUGCAGAUUGCAGAUUUUGGGGGGUUGUUUUCUCUUUUUUAAACUUUUUUUGGCAGAAUUGCAGGAAUUCUGCAGAAUCGCAACAAACAAUGCAGAUUGCAUAUUUUGGGGGGUUGUUUUCUUUUUUUUCUUACUUUUUUUGGCAGAAUUGCAGGAAUUCCGCAGAAUUGCAACAAAAAAUUGCAGAUUUCAGAUUUUUCCAUUUGCAAAUUUUUUCAGAAUUCCAAAAAAAAACCCUAAAGCGCAAGGGGGGAACGUUUUUGGACUGCCUGGUUUUGUGCACAGCGCUUGAGUGGAUUCGGGCGCUUCAAACGGGGCAAAAAAAGGAGCUUUUGGUGAUUUGGUGCGCCGGGCUCGCCCGCCGCUUUUCCAGGGUUUUUCCUGUUUUCCCGUUUCCUGGGGCUUCCUCCCGCUGUUUGCCCCGCGCUCCG